UUUCUAAUAUGUUUGUGACAACCCAUUUGUGAGAUCCAGACAUACUCCAUACUGGUCCUGGCUGAUAAAAACGACCAAACCUGUUGUAAAUAAGUGAUGAAUGAAGACUAGAUAAAAAACAGAGACGGCAAAACCGGCUAAUGCUGGCCUGCUCAGUUGAUCAUCAUUAUCUGCUUCCCUGUAUUACCCGAUAAGUGUCUCCCUCUCACUUUCUAAUAUAGUCAUCCAGACAUCGUAUAUAUUAUCUCUUCUGAAUCUCAGACAAAAAACCCAGAAAUAUGGCUAAAACACAGUUCUCUGUUCUGCUUUGUUUAAGCAUUGUUGUGGGUAUUGGGUUUCUCAGUGGUUCUUGGGCUAAAGAGAUUGUUGGGAUUUAUGAGCUCAAGAAGGGGAAUUUCUCCGUCAAGUUCACCAACUGGGGUGCUACUAUCAUGUCCCUCGUUGUCCCUGACAAGCAUGGAAAGCUAGCAGAUGUUGUUCUUGGAUAUGAUAAAGUCAAGAUCUACAAGAAUGAUUCAGUAUACUUUGGAGCCAUUGUUGGACGGGUUGCCAAUAGAAUUGCGGGUGCUCAAUUCACUCUAGAUGGAAAACACUAUAAACUAGUAGCUAAUGAAGGAAAAAACAUGCUUCAUGGUGGUCCAAAGGGAUUUUCUGAUGUUGUUUGGGAAGUGAAGCAGCAUAUUAAUGAAGGUCAAGCUCCUCGUAUUGUCUUCGCCUAUCGCAGCUUUGAUGGUGAAGAAGGAUUCCCAGGUAAUCUCCAUGUCACUGUGGCCUACACCAUACUCAAAGACAACCAGUUGAACAUAGAGAUGAAAGCCAAAGCUCUAAACAAGGCCACACCAGUGAAUCUAGCCCAACACGCGUACUGGAACCUCGGUGGCCACGACAGUGGUGAUGUCCUGUCUCAAGUAAUUCAGAUCUUUGCAUCACAUUAUACACCUGUUGAUAGCAAGCUUAUUCCGACUGGUAAAGUUGUAUCGGUGAAAGGCACACCAUACGAUUUCCUUGAACCCUAUGCCAUCAAAAGCAAGAUCGACAAGCUUCCUAAUGGUUAUGAUAUAAACUACGCGCUUAAUGGUGGUUCGAGCCACAAGUUGAGUACAACAGCUAUCGUGUACGAUAAGAAGUCGGGAAGGAAGAUGGAGCUGUUGACGAAUCAACCAGGCGUGCAGUUCUAUACAGGAAACUAUCUGCAGGACGUAAAGGGAAAACAUGGAGCUGUAUAUCAAGCUCAUGCAGGACUAUGUUUGGAGACUCAAGGGUUCCCUGAUGCAGUGAAUCACCCCAACUUCCCUUCACAGAUAGUGAGACCUGGACACACUUACAAGCAUCAUAUGCUGUUCAAGUUUUCAACUCAUUAGGCCACCAAACAUUCCGGGUUUGGUCAAUUAAAUACGUUAGAAAUCCAAUUCGGGCUUAGGUCCAUACAUGAAAAUAUUUCAUAAAUAAGUGAUGUUGUUCGACCUGAAACUAUUUUUUGCCACCCCUAUGGUGCAGAGAGAAUGAGGUCGAAGCUUACAAACGAGAGUUAAUGAAAUAACGCUGAAAUUGUUGGGUGUGGAGUUAAACUUGCAA